CCUCAGCAGAGGCAGGGUGUUACGCCUGCGACUCCCGCUCUCUCGGUGAAUUUUUUUUUUGUGAUCGUAUCUUGAUGGAAAUACCGCAGUGAAUAGGUUUCCAUUGUGUUGAUACGUUUAAAAGAGGAUAAUUUGGCGCAGAUUGCCUCUUGGUGCAUGCGUGUCGAUGAAGAUAAAGAAGAGAUAAAAGGAUUUUAAACUUUGACAGGGAAUGAGUCCGAGAGGCGAGCCUGGAUGAGGCAGGAAGAUCGUCGUCAUUAACGUGUGAACCUUGUAUGGCGAGGUACUGGUCGUGUAUGAGUGUACACUGAAUUACGUCCAGUGAGAUUAGUGCAGAGUAGAAUCAAGUGAUAGGUGUGUUUAAGAACAGGAAGAAAUAUAUAUAUUGUAAAAAGGAAGAGUUUGACAUCCCACGUGGAAGUUAAUGGCAAACUAGUGAAUUAUUUAUGGUGGGAAAAUGAGGAUGGUACUGUUUUUAUUAAAUGUAUCCAAACAUCAUACGAAACAUUUGAGUAUAUGAGUGCACGCACCUAGCUGACAUAUAUUACAUAUUGUGAAAGAAAAGGCGAUGGAAAGCCAGUGAAUAUAUAAACGUUCAUAAACUUACUUAUUUUUGUAACCUCAUUUUAUCUUAUAUUUGUCUUAUUUUUCAUAUUCAAAACUGACGCUCAUAAUGCUCCUACAUAAUCCUUUAGAUAAUUAAGUAAUGAUUAUCCUUAAAUUCCACUGUGGAUAGCAUGAUUUGAUUUAACACACAAGAGAAUCGAGGAGGCAUACAUAUAUAUGCAGUAUUGUCGAUCGUAAAGCUAUAUUACACAGAAGCCAAUGCCACAUCGGAAGACUGAGUGAUGGACUGAAAGUGAAGGAAAAUUAAUUUGUAUAAAUAAGCGAGGGGAACAAAACAUUCCUUCCGAAUCGACAACAUUAGAGAAAACUCUUAAGAGACAUUACAGAAAGAGGAGCAUUAGAAGAAGAAGAAAGAGAGAACAAAUCAGAACUAGCCACAGCGACAACCGGGAUGGCGGCCUUCUCUGAAGCAGCUCCCUCUCCUUUGGACCAUGAACUCGACCAAACAAAAGCUAUCAAACAAUCGGUCACGAACAAGUGAAAAAUGGGGGUGGGCGCCCAUUAUCCAGCGGCUGUUUUAUCUUUGAUCCGCCCUUUUGUUCAGCUGGAGUGGUAAAUAGCACAGAAAAGACUCGAUGUUCCAGACUCAUUUUGGAUUCGAAACUUACCCUCAACUGCUCCGGAAUCCAACCGAGAUAAGAAGAUUUACUUUCAUGAUAUAAAAGAAAAGGAUACAAUGUAUAGACGAGGUUUGCCCCAUUUUAUUUUAUGACUACGAGGAAGAUAACUGAAAUCGAGGCAGGAUUUCGAAACGAGAAGAGGUGACAUUUAGGUUUUAACUGCCAGACAUUUUCUUCGAUUCCUUUUUCACGAAGACAGAGAAAAGAUUCGAAACUUGGGACUCGCAAUGGUUAUCAUGACGACCCAGAGAAACCCUCUCAAUCCCCAACGGCAGGGGCUGGUGUUCCGCGGCAGCCUCCUCCUGCUGCUCCUACUGCAGUAUCUUUCCAUCUUCGCGGUGCUGUCUGGAGACGCCGAAGCAGCUACUUUAGAAUCCAUUAACACUGGGCCCGUGUUCUACUCCCACGUCGUCCGCGGCGGCCGGGCGGAGAUGCAGUGUGACAUCAGUACUUCAGACCCAACAGAUCGCGUCAUACUAGUUCUGUGGUAUAAGGAUGGCAUUGGCACUCCUAUUUACAGUUAUUACUCGCGGGGGAAAGACAUGUCCAAGCCGAGAGACUGGUCUGACAAGAAGACACUCGGGGACAGGGGACACUUCGACCUCAAGUCCUCGCCGGCGGCCCUCGUCCUCGACAACGUGAGGGCGACUGACGAGGGGAUCUACCGCUGCCGAGUCGAUUUCAAGAAGAGUCCCACGCGCAACGCCAGGACGAACCUCACUGUUAUUAUUCCUCCCAAUUCGCCGACCAUCUUGGCAGAAAACGGGCUCCAGCAGUGGACGAUGGUCGGGCCGUACAACGAAGGGGCUUCCAUGACCCUCAUCUGCAACGUCAGCGGAGGCAAGCCCCCGCCUCGGGUCACCUGGUGGCUGGAAGGCGAGAUCAUCGACGACACCUACGAGAGUCCUCAGCCCAACAUCGUGACGAACACCCUGACGAUCCCGUACCUCACCAGGAAGCACCUCCACGCGUCCCUCGAGUGCAGAGCCUCCAACACCAACCUCAGCGUGCCCGUCCAGACUAUCAUCACCAUCGAUAUGAACUGUGAGUUAGAUAGCUGGUGGAGCGAAGUGUCAAGCCCCUCACGGCCAAGAUCCUGGGGUCCCGCGAGCCCUUGUCUUCAGGCAGAGAGUACGAGCUGGUGUGUCACAGCGUCGGGGCGCGUCCCUCGGCGUCCAUCACAUGGUGGCUCGACGGCGAUCAGCUCACCAACGCCACGACCUUCUACUGCCAGCUCGGGGAACGUGACACUCAGCACCCUCACCUUCAUCCCGACGAACGCUGACGGAGGGAGGUUCCUCAAGUGCAAGGCUGAGUCUCCUGUUAUCCACCACACGCACCUCGAGGACCAGUGGAGGCUCGAAGUCUACUACACGCCGCAGGUGAACCUCGCCAUGGGGAGCAGCCUCAUCCCGAACACCAUAAAGGAGGGCGACGACGUCUACUUCGAGUGCAACAUCCACGCUAACCCUUGGGUGUAUAAGGUCGUUUGGUACCAUAAUGGCAUCCAAGUCCAGCACAACGUCUCUGCGGGCGUCAUCGUCAGUAAUCAAAGUCUAGUCAUACAGCGCGUCCAACGUCAACAAGCUGGUCUUUACACGUGCGUCGCCUCGAACAUCGAAGGGGACGGACAGAGCAACGCCGUCAUUCUCAAAGUGCAAUAUGCCCCCGUGUGCGCGCCGGGCCAGACGCACGUGUACGGCGCGGCGCGGCUCGAGGAGGUGUCGGUGACGUGCCGCCUGGAUGCCGUGCCGCCCGCCGUGCAGUUCUUCUGGAAGUUCAACAGUAGCGGCGAGGUGGUGGACAUCGCCGAGAGCCACGUGGAAUCGCAGGAUCUCCAGUCGUACCUGUCGUACGUGGCGAGGACGGAGCUGGACUACGGCACCCUGCUAUGCUGGGGAAGCAACAGCCUCGGGCGGCAGAAGAAGCCCUGUAUCUACAAGGUGAUUCCCGCAGGUCACCCCGACCCUCCGGAGAACUGCAGCCUCUUCAAUCAGACGACGGAGGCGCUGCGAAUACGCUGCUUCCCGGGCUACGACGGAGGGCUGCAGCAAAGGUUCAUCAUCGAGGCCUUCGAAACCGAGACGGACAGACUGCUCCUCAACAUCACGGAAAAAUCGACCCCCGACUUCACGCUGACGGGGCUCGAACCGGGGGCGUCCUACCUGCUCUACAUCUACGCCGCCAACGAGAAGGGGAUCAGUGACAAGCGUCGCAUGCAAGGCUACACGCUCAGGGACGUGGCUGAGAGGCGCACCGCCCAGGUACGACCUCCUCCCGAAGAGCUCAUGUCGUUCACGCCAAUCAUCGCGGUGGUCGUGGGGGUCCUCGGCUCCCUGGUGCUCGUGGCCAUUACCUCGGUGGUCGUGGUGAGCCUCAAGAGGAAGCGUCGGCGCCCCAGGAACAAGACGGUGGCUCUGCCUAUCCAGACGUCGCUGGCGGACUCACGCGACCUCGACGACAAGAACCCGGACUUGAUACCUGCGAACGGCAACAGCGAGACGGAGAACAAAAGUCCCACGACUCCCGAAGAAGGAGGCUUUGGAAGCGUGCAUAUCUGUGCCUCGGUGCCCUACCCUAGCAACGUGUAUGGUACUUACCCAAGGACGCCACGGACAUUAGCAGCUACGACUUCCCAGAACGGGGAGCUGAUGUACGCCGAGCUCUCCUUCCCCCGCGGGGGGCAGUAUCCCCCCGGGACCCUUCCCCGCCGGAAGCCCGAGCCCACCAUUUACGCCCAGAUCGACCACGGCCUCUCCAGCAACGUGCCGCCCGUGUCCAUGGGCGUCGUGCCCGUGACCAGCGGCAUGAUGGGCGGCACCAGCAUGUGUCCGAGCACCAGCCUCUCGGGCGCCCCCAUCUGCAGUAGCGGCAUGAUGGGCGGGGGCAUGAUGGGCAGUGGUGUGCCGCCCAUCAUGAUGGGCAACCCCGGCAUGGUGCCCGGAGGCAUACCCAUCGGAGACGUGAGCAUUGCCGCCUACACCACGCCCGCGCCGCCCCCGCACGGCUUCGGGGGCCACCCGCUGGCGCCCGCGGUGGUGCCCGAGGAGGACGAGCAGGCCACGGCCGAGACGCCGCUCAUGACCAACCCGAAGGAGAGCGAAGUGUGACCCUUGGACACCCAGGUGUGAGCCGCCCGCGCCUGACCUGCGCGAGACGGACUCCAGAUGCCUGACCUUAGUGAACGGAAUGGCCUGACCCGUUGUAGAACGGGGGAACGGAACCUGCCUGGGAUUAGUGGAACAGGGGAAUGGAAAUCCUUGACCUUAGUGGAACGGGAGAACGGGAUUGCCUGAAAUUAGUGCAACAGACUUGCGUUGGGCGGGAGAUGCUUGACCUUAGUGAAAUGACGUUGUUCUGUGGAAGAAAAACAUUCGUUAAAAGUCCGGACCGAAAGGAGGAAUACUCAACACUUAUUGGUCCUCUCUCUCUUUCCCUUAAAAAAAAAAUAAUAUGUAACUUGUACGAAUAAAGUGAAGGGAAAAGUGUAAGAUUCGAAAUAAGGACGACAGAACAUAGUAUUAGAAACCGCUGAUCGAGUCUGAAUCCUUCUUAUAAGGACUGCACCCGACCUUAUAGAAUCUUCCACGUAAAAAAAUAUAUACGACUGGACGGACGAAUCGUACACCAGGCAGUCUCCACCAUGAGGGUUGAAUCCUUCUUCCGUGCUUUUCAUAUUAAGGACGUAUAGUUCUUGUGUCAACCUCUGCGUCAGUCGCAUCAGCUUCCAAACAAGUGAUUUUCACUUUUAUCCUAUGAAGUGGACACAGCAUAUUUUUUUUCUUUGGUUACACACACACACACACACACACACACACACACACACACACACACACACACACACACACACACACACACACACACACACACACACAAACACACAGAAACUCAAUAUAUACGAGUAUUAUUUUUUUUGCUGAUGUACCUCUAUCUGUAGUUAACGGAAAAGUGUCUUCAAAGAAAGUCAGUUAAGCGAGAGAACAAUUAAUCACUUAGCGAACAAGUGAAUCUCAUGUAUUAAAAACGAACACUGCAAAUAUAGAAAAAUAGCUUUUGAAGAAUUCUCACGUUCUUUUCUGUUAAAAUAAAGAACUUUUACAAUUAUUCUUUACAUUCCAAGGAGUCGAAUGAACCAAGUGCUUGUGUAUGAGAACUAGCAUUCUUUCUAUAAGAAAUUUGAUAGUAUAUGGAAUCCCAUAUAGAUUUAUAUAUCGAUUGUUGAUGUUAUACAUUUUAAAUGGGAUGAUUAAUAUGAUAACAAAAAAAAAAAAAAAAGAGAUGCUAGUCAGUUAUAGAGACUGGUAAAAAUCAGUCUUCUAAAAAACUUAUGUUAAGAAGGGUUUCGAAGUUGAGCUUUGGCCUUCCAUAACACUGGAAUGAGGGACCAGUUUACUUCUGAGACGAUAUCAGAUAACAGAGAACGUGUCUGUGGCAUGUUCUGUCCGGUGAGAGAGAGACUUCUGUGUUGCAUAUCCAAAGCGUAUAAUCAGCCUGUAUUAAGUAAGCAAAAUGAAAGACGGAGAGAUAAAAAAAAAGUUGUUUUGGCAGAGAUGAGAGUCUGCCAUGCUUCUUUAUAUUAAACAAAAGUAAUAGUGGAUGUUCCCAUAUAUAUAUAAAUAUAUAUAUGGGUUUCAUGUAAUUUGGGGAAAUACGUUUUGAAAGACAAAAAAAAGUAAACAUGUGUGUAGGGUUAAUCUGCUGUGUACAUGUGUCGCUUACCUUCUUGUUAGAGCUCGCAUGUCGUAUGAAAUAAAAAAGGAGAGUAUUUCAUCAUAUCUUCCUUGAUAUACUAUGUCAGCUUUGGUGUCUGCAAACUGAUGUUUAAUUUUUGCAGACAUAUCUUGUCUUAUAUUUGGGGAAAAAAGUGCUAAAGUUUUAUGCCAAUUACGUUGUUGUUAAUGGAAUAAAAAAAUAUUUGGA